GUGGUUGAACGUGGUCACACGCUUUUAAACCGGAGCCACGUAAGGUGGUGAACGGUAGCAGUAGGUUUAGUAGUCUGUCUGAAUGAGGUGGUGAGCAGCGGCAGUAGGAUACGAGGUGCCGCUCGUAACACUACGAUUUAAAACUAUCACGUCCAACAAAUCUGAUUUUUUACAAAAAUGGUUGCGAUAAAAGGCCGAAAAAAUUCUAACAAGAAUCCCCCGAUAUUCAGUCAUGAAUUUAUCAUUCAAAAUCACGCCGAUAUCGUUUCCUGCGUGGCUAUGGUUUUUAUAAUCGGUUUAAUGAUACAGGUUACAUCACCAUGGGCUUAUACAUUUAUUGUCAUACAUCAUAAUAUAUCUACAGCAACUACCGAUGAUCUGACAUUACCACAAAAAUAUACAACUGGUUGGAAAGAUGCAUGCGCUGUAUUUUUUUAUUUCUUAAUAACAAUUAUAGUACAUGCUGUAUUCCAAGAAUAUAUAUUUGAUAAAAUAUCAAAACGUCUUCAUUUAAGCAAAGUAAAACUUGCAAAGUUCAAUGAAUCCAGUCAAUUGAUAGUAUUUUAUCUACUGUCAUUUAUUUGGGGUAUUGAUAUUAUAAUCAGAGAGAAUUUACUCUUGAAUAUAACUUCUUUAUGGGUUGAUUAUCCAGCACUCUUAUCUUUCUCCUUAAAGUUAUUCUUUAUUGGACAAUUUUCUUACUGGUUACAUUGUUACCCAGAAUUAUAUUUUCAACGAGUAAAAAAAGAGGACAUUGCACAACGUAUUAUAUAUACUACCAUAGGAUUGUUCUUCACUUUUACAGCCUAUUUCUUGAAUUUCCAACAAGUAAGCAUAAUACUAUUUAUCCUCCAUUAUACUGGAGAUAUUUUAUUGCAUACUGCAAGAAUUAAUCAUUUUAUUAAUCAGAAAGAAAAUAUAACAAGAAUUUUGUUCCUGAUUGCCAAUUCAGUAUAUGUGUUUGUUCGUAUUGCAUCUAUAAUGCUUACAAUUUUAGUAUUUUUGUAUGGAUUCAAUCAAAUUGAAAGUUCAUUUGAUUACUCCACUGGUAACUUCAAUAUUCCUAUUGUACAAUACACUGUUUUAAGUGUCAUUGUAUUUUUCCAAAUUUACCUCUUACAUACUUUCAUCAUGAGACAAAUUAAACGUGCUCGAGAAAAUACAACUCCUGUCGUUACAAAAGUAAAACCAAAACAAAAAUUGAAAAAAAAGGAAGGUAAAAAAUCAACCUUAUCUGAAGAUGAUGAAUUACCUGAAGUAGAUCAAGCAACUAAAAAGAAUUUAAGAUCUCGUUCUUCUACAAAAGCAAAAUAACUUCUUUUUAUAUAUAUACAUAAUUAAUAAAACUGUAUAAGGCUGAUUAGAUAUCAGAUAUCAUUCACUUACGUAUCAACAGUAUCAAAGAAUGAAUAUUUCGAAAUAUAUAGGUUCUUCCUUAGCUAUAAGAUUCAUAAAACAAAUUAAAUUUUAAUGUACUUCAAGGAAAUCAUAAAAAUAUCUUCACAGCCUAUGUAUAUCGAAUAUUCUAAUUACGAAAAUAAGAUCUUUUUGUGUAA